CAAGAAUUCUACAAAAAGCGCAAAUUCAUAAAUUAUCUUGUUUCACUUUCUACUUGAGUCAAGAAAACCGAUAUUAAAAUGAUUGGUUUACUAAUUUUCGCACUUUUGGUAUUGCAUGCUCAAGCUACUGUUAAAUCUGUAACUUUUUGUAAAAAUAGUGGCAUUAAAGACAGGAGUGCAGAUCGCGUUAUUGGUCAAUUAAAAAUCAGACCGGGACAUACAGUUCCUUUUAAGGUUACAAUUGACGUUGCAGAAGAUUUACCAGAUGGAGGCGAGAUAGAACUUACAAUCAAGAAAAAAGUAGGAUUUAUUUGGAUAACACUUCCAUGUUACAACAAAAUUGGAUCUUGUAAACAUUCGGUAGAUUGCAAAAUCUUAGAAUUCCUUGGUAUGCCAUGUCAAAUUAAAAAAGGAACUUAUCAUAUUAAUCAUGCAGUAAAUAUUCCAUCAGACUUCAGUUUUCCUUCUUUUUUUGUUAGUGGAAAUUACAGAAUUAAUGCUGAAGCAAGAAAAAAUGGCAAAAUUUAUGGAUGCGUUGACGUAGAAGUUUAUUUAGAAUAAAAGAUUUACAAAUAAAUUUAAAGAUUAACUUUGUGAUGAAGAAGAAAAAAUUAUUAUAAAGUUAUUUUUAUAUCAUUGUAAUAUUGUACAACUGUCAAAAUUAAAGAUUUAUUAAA